AUGAUCCGCUCGCGCACCUCCAGGCUCGCCGCCUCCGCCCUCGCCAAGCGGCAGUGGACGUGCCCGGCAUGCCUCUCCAGGCGCAGAUACUCCAAGCAGCCCGAGAAGCGCGAGCCGCCCGACCACCGCAAGCUGGGCAACCAGCAGGAGCUCUUCAUGACCUCCGUCUACAGCCCCGGCUCGCCCAUUUUCCUGCCCAACGGCGCCCGGAUCUUCAAUCGGCUGGUGGAGUUCCUGCGGAAGCAGUACGUGCGGUAUGGCUUCCAGGAGGUCAUCACGCCGACCAUCUACAAGAAGUCGCUGUGGGCGAAGUCGGGCCAUCUCGAGAAUUACGCGGACGACAUGUACUCCGUGACGGGCAACAAGCGGGCUUCCGACUUGGGGGCAGCGACGGGGUGCUGCGGAACCGAUCAUACCAAGGGCCAAGAGGGAGCUGAAGAGGAGGACGAGGACGACGACUACGGGCUGAAGCCCAUGAACUGCCCAGGGCACUGCCUCAUCUUCGCAUCGAAGCUGCACAGCUACAGAGACCUGCCGGUCCGAUACGCAGACUUCAGCCCCCUCCACCGAAACGAGAUAUCGGGCGCCCUGUCGGGACUGACCCGCGUGCGCCGCUUCCACCAGGACGACGGCCACAUCUUUUGCAGGCCGAGCCAAGUCGAGGACGAGAUCGGAAAGACGCUCGACUUUGUCAAGACGGUGUACAGCGUGCUGCGUCUGGGCGUCAGCUACCGCCUCGCCCUGUCGACGCGACCAAAGGACCACUACAUUGGCACGGAGGAGGAAUGGGCGCGCGCGGAAGAUAGCUUGAAGCGAGCGCUCGACGCCUCGGGCAUGGACUGGACCAUCAACGAGGGCGACGGCGCCUUUUACGGCCCCAAGAUUGACAUUGUGCUCAAGGACUCGGAGGGCAAAGAGCACCAGACGGCCACCAUCCAGCUGGACUUUCAGCUGCCGAAGCGCUUCGAGCUGGAGUACCAGGCUCCGGCGCCCGAGUACGAGGCUCGUGGGGAGACGACUACCGAUCCGGAGCUUCUUGCUCAGUAUGGCCCCGUGAGGCCGGUCAUGAUUCAUCGUGCGGUUCUGGGGUCUGUGGAGCGGCUGUUGGCGCUUCUGAUUGAGAAUUACGACGGGAAGUGGCCGUUUUGGCUGAACCCGAGACAGGCCAUCAUCUUGACGGUCAACACGUCGGAUCCGGUCGUUGAAUGGGCUGACCAAGUGCGUAAUGUCCUCCUAGGCAUCAAGAAGCUGGAGGCCAAUGACCUGCCCUCCAUGGAGAGCCUCACGGGGCAGACGGGCUUGGCGGUAGACAUGGAUACAACGGCAAGGCCCUUGGGAACCAAGAUUCGGGAGGCCCUCACGAGUGGCUAUGGUCUUGUCCUGGUGGUUGGCGAGCAAGAUGUCAAGAACCAGCAGGUCAGCCUGGGCAAAGAAAGACUGAGCCCGCUUGAGCUGCGCGAUAGAAUGCUUCGCAUGGUUGAUACAUUUGAAUGA